AUGUACGAAGGGAUUGACGACCUGAAAUCCCUUUACGACCGUGCCGGGAAGACUUUCUCCGGCGGUCCUUCUGCGGCGCAGGAUGUGCCGCGUCAUUUUGCUCAACCAAACCCAGUACGUCAACUAUCAGUUGGGAGCGGGGCUCCCAAGUAUCCCAGGACGGGGGAUAGCCGCGCCACUGGACGAGAUGACUCGUCCGACGUCCGUUCCCAUCGCGGUGAUUCAACAGCCGCUCAACCAGAUAGCGCUGGCCACCGCGAGAGCCUCCAAUGGAGGUGGAGGGAGGAGGAAAACGCUCUACAAACUAUCGUGGGGAAGCAUGUAACCCCGAGGGCCUCUUUGAUUGCCGUAAUUCUUGCGUUACGCGGCGACCUCGAGCAUGAGCGGUAA